CUCAAUCUCACUAAUUCAGAAAGUGAUAGAUAGAAUUUAAGUACAAUUUCGUAAGAGUGUUCGCUUUCUUUCCUUCUUUUUCAACAACAAACUUUUUCCCACUUCUUAUUCAUUCCUUUAAACCUCUUCACUUUCUAUUGUCCUUCACAAUGCAUCCAUCACACAUAUACUCCGGAGGAUUUGUUGGCUUGAUCGUUUUUAUUCUCGAUUUAAUUGCCAUUUUCGAGGUUAUCAACUCGCACCGCAGUGUCACUUCCAAGCUGCUCUGGUCUCUUCUCAUCUUCUUAUUCCCUAUCUUGGGGCUCAUUCUUUACUUCUUAUUCGGAGGCCGUGAGGAGCAUAGCUCUGGCUAUGAAGUUGUUGCUUAAUAUAAGAAAUCAUGAAGCGAGGAUACGACGGAGUAUUUUCUAGUUCUGGCGUUUGUAAUAUUUCAAUUACAUCCUGUUGACAAGACAUCACCUUACCGCACCAUCAACCUAAAUGCACUAAAUGAACUACAUACAGCAGUAUGCAGCUUCAGGCUGACUAAUUUUCCAAUAAACAUAUCGAAAGUUUAUAAUAAAUAUCGACGGACAGCACCAG